GCCACAUUAUUUGAGUGACUUUAAGAACAUGGUCGUAGAUGGGGUUUUGGGGGCUUGAAGAUCCAAAAAUACCUACAAUAUGGAAACAUUUAAUAUCUUAUAAGCUAAGUAACUUAACUAAUAACCCGAAGUGAUUACCUAUUAUAAGUUUUUAAUAGGAAAGGCAAUGAAGGAGUUAUUAGCAAACUUAUGAAUACAAUUUGCAUGAAUGAUCCCGGUAAAAAGUUUCUGUCCCCCGCCCGUGGUUGUGAUUAAUCUUAUUGGCCAGCGACAGCUGGAAAUUGUAGGCGUUCGCUUGGACGUCUUUAGUGUUUCCGGAUUUCUCGCACCCGCACCACGGACAUCGAGAUGAGCGCCUCCGCGGAGCAGGAGACGGCUCCCAUAGCUAAUUCCCGAAACAGUCGUACGGGCAGUGUUUUCCGCAGUUUCGGAUCCUUAUUCGGCGGCGGCCAGAACAGUGGAGAUCGGCCCCACACUCCGCAGGAUGGCGAUGGAUAUGUGGAGUUCGGAAUGCAGGACCCGGAGCGCAGUGGGCGUACGCUUGGCACCUUUGCCGGAGUCUUCAGUCCGGUGGCUUUGUCCAUGUUUAGUGCUUUGGUUUUCAUUCGAGUCGGCUACAUCGUCGGAAAUGCGGGCCUGUAUGUAACCCUGCUGCAGUUCCUCAUCGCCUACGGAAUAUUGCUCUUCACGGUGGCUUCGGUCUGCGCCAUUUCCACAAAUGGAGCCAUUGAAGGAGGGGGAGUUUAUUUCAUGAUAAGUCGAACGCUGGGACUGGAGUUUGGUGGCUCGAUCGGAACCCUAUUCUUCUUUGCCAAUGUGGUGGGGUCUGCAAUGGCCAUAUCCGGUUGCACUGAGGGUAUCAUGGAUAACUUCGGACCGCGUGGCCAUUUUGUGAGCGGGGACUCCCACUUGCCGGAUGGAGAUUGGUGGCGCUUCCUUACCAGCAGCAUGAUAAAUACCCUGCAACUGCUGGUUUGCCUGGUGGGCGCGGCUUUGUUCGCCAAGACGUCAGUGCUUAUUUUGGGCACCGUGACCGUUUGCCUCUUCGCCACGUACUUUAGUUUCCUAUUUGUGGGCGCCACCAAUAACACGAUACCCGUGCCUGGGGACAACAUUUUAUCAAAUACCACUACUUUUCUCGACUAUACAGGACUGAAUGCCACUACGCUGCGGGAGAAUCUUGGAUCCCACUAUGGUCGCGAUUACACGUCGAAUGGCAAACAAGUAGACUUCUCCACUACCUUUGGUGUGCUGUUCUCCGGAGUAACUGGAAUAAUGGCCGGGGCGAAUAUGUCCGGAGAACUGAAGAACCCGUCGAAGAGUAUUCCCUAUGGCACUCUCUCGGCGGUGGCGUUUACCUUCGUCUCCUACAUCAUCCUGUCCUUCCUCAUGAGCUGCACGACUCCGUAUUUUACAAUGCAGAACAAUUACCUGUUCCUGAUGCCUGUUAAUCUGUGGCCUCCAUUUACGGCAAUCGGCAUUUUGACCGCCACAUUUUCAACAAGUCUGAGCAAUCUGAUUGGAUCCAGCAGGAUUUUAGAAGCAUUAUCCAAGGAUCAAGUGUUUGGCAGUCUUUUGAACUUUGUGAUUCAUGGAACUUGGAAGGGAAAUCCCAUUGCAGCGGUUGCGGUGAGCUGGUGUCUCGUAGAGUGCAUUCUGCUGAUUGGAUCCUUCAACAUCAUUGCCCAGAUUAAUUCGGUGCUCUUCAUGCUCUCCUACUUAGCCACCAACCUGGCUUGUUUGGGCAUUGAACUCACGGGAGCUCCAAACUUUAGACCGCUAUUUAAGUUCUUCACCUGGCACACCUGUCUGGUUGGACUACUGGGUACUUUGAUCAUGAUGUUUGUGAUAAACUUCAUCUACGCCUCUUCGUGCAUUAUAUUGUGCCUCAUCCUGGUGAUUGCUUUACAUUUGUUCUCGCCUGCCACUCAGGCAGCCCAAUGGGGUUCGAUCUCCCAGGCCUUGAUGUUCCACCAGGUGCGGAAGUAUCUGUUAAUGCUGGAUCCCCGCAAGGAUCACGUUAAGUUCUGGCGUCCACAGAUCCUGCUACUUGUGUCAUCACCACGAUCCUGCUGUCCUUUGGUGGACUUUGUAAAUGAUCUAAAAAAGAGCGGUUUGUACAUUAUUGGUCAUGUGAAAUUGGGUGACUUCAAGGGCAUCGAAGAUGCCGAGGACAACCAGCAGUGGUGGUCGUUCCUAGAUCACAUGAGAGUCAAGGCCUUUACAGAAGUCACUUUGAGUCGGACCAUCCGCGAGGGAGUCCAGCACCUGAUUCGUUUAUCGGGAAUCGGAGCCAUGAAGCCAAACACAAUUAUUUUGGGUUUCUACGACAGCGAGGCUCCCAGGGAUUUCUUUCAAAACGGUUCCUCCCCCUAUAAAACCGAGGACUUUAACAACGGCGAAAUUCAAAACUUUCCCAUUCGACGAGAUGGCGAUCCCAAGCAAUUCCAAAUUCAGGAAUACGUUCAAAUCCUGUGCGAUACCCUUCGGAUGAAAAAGAAUCUGUGCUUGUGCAGAAAUUUCCAAAGAUUGGACAAAAACUUUAUUUCCAUAAGCAAGCAUGUGAAGUACAUUGAUGUGUGGCCCAUUAAUAUAUUCAAUCCAACAUCUGGCGAUCCCUUUGAUAUGGUGUCUUUGUUCAUGAUGCAAUUGGCGGUGAUAAUGCUGGCCAAAUGGAAGCAUCUAAGAGUGAGAAUUUUCCUGUGCGAGGCCAGUGAGGAGAGGACAGUGGGCACUUUUGAUACCCAGACCCCGCAAAUGGAGAUUUUCUCGAAAAUGAAGCUGGAGCAGUCUCUUAAGGAGCUGCGCAUCACAGCCGACAUUGUGGAGAUCCAGGAGUGGAGCCGGGACACCGACUUCACGCGACAUGCCCGCACCCUCAAACAAUUCACCGCUCAGGCGGACAAUGUUUUGCUGGAGGAUGAUGACGAGGUGGGUGAGGAGACCCUGAAUCGCUCUCUUCUCUACAUGCAGCGUGCCAAUCAAAUCAUACGCGAACGCUCCGAUCAGACGGCAUUAUCGUUCAUCUAUCUGGCUGCUCCUCCAAAGCUCUCAACGCCGGAUUUCGCGCAACGCAGCGCUAGCUAUAUGGAAUUGCUAACCGAACUGACCGCCGAGUUGCCGCCCACUAUUCUCGUCCAUGGUGUCAGCACGGUGACCUCCACAACGCUCUAGGCUUCGAAUUGGAGAUAUUCGCAUUUCCAUGAGUGAUAUAAUUCGAAAUGCAACCGGAUUAAACCAAUUGUGAGGGCGUAUUUUCAACAUUGUGUGCGUUUUUGUGUGCUCGCAGCUUUAUCGAGUAAUAUUAUUCAUUAGGGUGAGGCGAUUAGGUUGAAAUGUACAAAAAUUUGACAUUUACAUAUUGCUCGAUUAUUUGAUUUCAUUUACUUAAAAAUAAAGUAGAGUAAUUUUAUCUUUUUAGACAUAA